UUGUUGAUAUUGGUUGAUACAUAAUUGAGGUUAUAGUUUAGAGCGUAAAUAAAACGUAAACGUUUGUCCAACGAUAAUAUAUAUAUUUUAUUUAUUUAUAUCUGUCUAGUUAUCAAAUUAUUUAAAUAAUAAAAUGGAGAGAGAUUAUCGUCGACGAGACAGAUCAAGAUCACGAGAUCGUAGUCGUAGACGUUGUGAUGAGGUAUCAAGAAAAAAAGAUUAUGACAGAGCUAGUGACAAAAGUAAACAAUCCAGUAGAUCAAAAUAUGAUGAUAAAUCAUCAUCAAAAAAAUAUGAAAGCUCCACAUCAUCUUCGAGUAGAAAAAAAAAAUCAUCAUCAAAGAAAAAAAAACGUAACAGGUCAUCUUCGUCGUCGUCUUCAUCGUCAUCAAGAUCUUCAUCAUCUUCAUCAUCAUCAUCAGCAUCUUCCAAUGAUUCAACAAAGCUUUUGCUGAAACUUGAAAAACAAAGAAAAAAAGAUAUUGAAGAACGUAAACGUAAAAAAGAAAUGAUAAAAAUAACAGAAUUACCAGAAGAAAAACGUUUACGUAGAAUGAAAAAAAAAGAAGCUAAAGAACGUAAACGUAAAGAACGAAUGGGUUGGGAUAAUGAUUAUCUUCAUUAUACAAAUACAGAUAAUCCAUUUGGUGAUGGUAAUUUAUUAUCAACAUUUGUAUGGCAAAAAAAACUUGAAAAAGAAGGUUUAAUUGGUGUUAGUAGAGAAGAACUUGAACGUCGUACACGUCAAAAACAAGAAGAAACUAAAAGAGAAUUAGAAAAAGUUAAAAAACGUAGACAAGAAAAAGAAUUAGAAAGACAACAACGUGAAGAAGAAAUGGCAAUGGAACAAAGACAAAAAGAAGCAGUACAACUUGAAAUGUGGGGUCAACAAGAAGAUCAAUUUCAUUUAAAACAAGCUAGACUAAGAACACGUAUACGUAUACAAGAUGGAAGAGCACAACCAAUUGAUUUACUUGCAAAAUAUAUAAGUGCUGAAGAAGUAGUUGAUGCUGUUGAAAUGCAUGAACCAUAUACAUAUUUACGUGGGCUAACAAUAAAACAAUUGGAAGAUCUUGUUGCUGAUAUUAAAAUAUAUAAAGAAUUAGAAAAAGGAAAAAAUCUUGAUUAUUGGAAUGACAUAACUGUUAUUGUUGAAGAUGAACUUUAUAAAUUAAGAAAAUUAGAUAGAUCUGAUUAUGAAGUUGCACUUGGACGUAGAGAGGGUAUACAUGAAUCUGUAGCUGAUGAAGUUAUCUCAAUAUUUAAAGGUAAAACAGCUGCUCAAUUAGAAUCAAUGCAAUUACAAAUUGAAACAAAAAUAUCUGGUAAACCUGAAGGUGUUGAUAUUGGUUAUUGGGAAACAUUAUUAUCACAAUUAAAAGCUCAUAUGGCUAGAGCUAGAUUGAGAGAUCGUCAUCAAGAAAAUCUUCGUAAAAAACUUGAAGUACUUAAAGCUGAACAAGGUGUAGCAAAAGCUGAAAGUGUAAUCAAUGAAUCUGAUGAACACAGUGAUAAUACAAAAAUUGAUGAACCAUCAACAAGUAAAACAACAACAACAACUUCAACAACAACACAAGAAAAAACUGAUGAUGAACAAUCUGAUGAAGAUAAUGAAAAUAUAAAUGCAGUUGAUUUAUUAUCAGAAUCAUUUUGUGAAUAUGAAUCAGGUGGAUAUUCACCAAAAUUACUUACAUCAUUACAGCUUGAACCAGGAACAAUUGUAACACUUGAAGAAGAUGAUACACAAAGACUUGAGUAUGCAAGAAGUUUAGUACUUAAAACUGGUAAUAAAGUACAAAGUGUAUUAACAGCUGAAGAACAAGCAAUGCACAGAGAAGCAAGAAAAAAUAUGGACACUGAUGAGGCACAGUUUAGUGUUGAAACAUCACUUGAAGCACAAGUUUAUCUUUGGUCUGAUAAAUAUCGUCCAAGAAAACCAAGAUAUUUUAAUCGUGUGCAUACUGGUUUUGAAUGGAAUAAAUACAAUCAAACUCAUUAUGAUAUGGACAAUCCACCACCAAAAAUUGUUCAAGGAUAUAAAUUUAAUAUUUUUUAUCCAGAUUUAAUUGAGAAAAGUGCAACACCACAGUAUUUCUUGACUCCCUGUGCUGAUAAUAAAGAUUUUGCAUUACUUCGUUUUCAUGCUGGACCACCAUAUGAGGAUAUUGCAUUUAAAAUUGUUAAUCGUGAAUGGGAAUAUUCAUACAAGCGAGGAUUUAGAUGUCAAUUUCAUAACAAUAUAUUUCAAUUGUGGUUUCAUUUUAAAAGAUACAGAUACCGAAGAUAAGUUUGUACAUGUGAAAAAAAUUUGUUUUCUUUGGUGGGACUGUUUUUUCUAUAUAAAUAAAAAUUAAAAAAAAUAAAUAAUAAAUAAUAAUAAAAUUCUUUAUAUGAAUAAAAUUAUUUAGUAAUUAAAUCAUUGAUUAAUUAAAUUAUUACAUAAAAUAAUAUUAUAUUUUUUUAUUUACUAGAUGUUUGGAAAGAUCAAUAAUUUUGCGACUGUAUGAGUAUUAAAUAAAUAUGAAAUUAUCUCCAUGAAAUAAAUUUAGAUAAUGAUGUGUCUAAUAAUUUCAAUUGUUUUAUUUUCACGAAUAUUUUUCAUGAUUAAGUAAAAAAAAAUUACCUAUUAUGAGUUUUGAUUAUUUAUUUAGAACUGACACUCCAGAUGCUUAUGGAAAAAUGAUAUUACAAUUAUAAUAAACCUGGUUGUGUAUCAAUUAUUCCAUUGAAAAAUACAGACAAGAUUGAACAUAUGCAAGACGCCAUGAAAAUUGAUCAUCAAAUAAAGAAUCACACACAAUAAUGAAAAAUAAUUAAAAUACAAUUGUUAAAUUAUCACUGAAAAAUUGUAAAGUAAUUAUUUGACUUUAUUUUAAAUUUAAAAAAUUUAGUUAGUCUUGAUCUUGGUUUAGUUACAUCAAGUGAGUAUGAUGGAUCAAAAAUUCUUCGCAAAAACAGCUGUUCUUCGUUACCUUGACAUGAGAGGAUAUGUUGAUGUUACUAGACGUGCACUUAUGGCACUUGGUACACUGGAAAAUCUUGAAGUAUUAAUUUUGAAUAAUAUGUAAUAUGAUAUUGAUAAAUUUAAUGAAGCAAUUGGAUUAUUUAGUAAUUUAAAAAAAUUUGAAUGUCGUGGAUGCUAUUUUUUUCUUUCCACCAUGAGAGUCAAGUUUAAUUUGUAUUUUUAAAUCAAGGACACAAAAAUUUUGAUAAAUAUUAUAAACAUUCUUCUAAUAUAUGUCGUAUGUAAAUAAUUUUUUUUAAAUAAAAUACAGAUGUUAGAAAAAUGAAAAAA